AUGUCAAAGUUGACACCACUUGAAACGGUGUACGCAUUACACACGUUUCAGGCAGAAAACCCAGACGAGGUUCCCUUUGAAGCAGGCGAACCGAUAGUAGUUCUCGAGAAGGAUGAUAUGUUUGGAGAUGGAUGGUGGCAGGCAAUUAUCCAUUCUUUUCGUGGACAAAAUAUUCAUGGGCAAGUUGGACUUUUCCCGAGAAAUUAUACUAGUUAUGAAAAACCGGCAUCAACAUAUUUUGCCUCGCGUCCUACCACUAUGGCAUCGUAUACCGAACAAAAUAAUAACUAUCAAAAUCAAAAUCCACAACUUCGAUCAGGCGCAGGAGUGUUACGCGCUUAUAGUCCUACAAAUACUAUCAGUACUAUUAGCACUCUUACCACUAUCACUAAUGGCCAAGGUAAUGCAGUACUGUCUCGACCUGCUUCACAAUCACCGUCACCGACACCUUCGGAUACAAUUCCUAAUAUUAACAACAACAAUUCUGAUGGAUUGAUUCCUCAUAAUCUUGUCGUUAAUGAUGACAACGAUAGUGAUGACGAUGAUGUCAUUAAUAAUGAGAAUCUUGGAAGCGGCGAAUCAAUUGAUGAUCGACCUCCAAGUCAUUCAAUUGGACAUUUUAAUGAUAAAUCAUCAACAUCAUUAACUUCACCUAGCAACAACAAUGACACCACCACCGAUGAUGCAUUGCUCGUUAGUCGUACUAGUGGUGGCAGUAGUAAAAGUAAUGUUACUGGCAAUAGUAGUAGGAGUAACAGUCCUCGGAUUGUUCGACAAUCAUCUCCCUUACCAGAACAUCAACAAGUAAAGGAGCAAAUUACAGAUGAUCAGCAAAAUGAGACCGAUUUUAGUAGGAAAAUGAGUACUACAUCGAUUCUUUCAUCCUCAUCGUCAAAUUACGAUGUUAAAUCUAAUCAUAGAACAUCAGCAAUUGAUGAUGAUGUUGAAGGUAAUUAUAGAGCAUCAGUAAUUGGUGAUCAUCCUUCAAAUUGGGAUGUAGAAAAAGUUUGUAGUUGGUUACAUGAAAAAGGCUUCGACUCUCUAAUGCAUCAAUUCAUCGAAAAUGAUAUCACUGGUGAUGUCCUCCUAGAGCUUACUUUAGUCACAUUAAAAGAACUAAAUAUUAUGUCUUUUGGUAAAAGGGUUAAGAUAAUGAGCGCAAUCGCUGAUUUAAAGACUCAAUAUAAAAUAGUUGAGGAACCAGAUUCGCAAAGUGAUCCGAUGCAAAGGUCUCAAUCUCUCCUAUCUAAUCGUCGUGUGGAAUCACAAAUAACGGUCAGUUCUAAUAAACCGGUCACUCAUAAAACAAUCGCUGUUGCUGGAAGUCACACUAACAAUAAUGUUCAUAAUCAAAAAAUGAAAAAUCAAUUACAACAACACGAGAGACUUUAUCGAGAGGAAGAAGUGAGACGACAACAUAACGAAAGAAUUCAAAAGGAGGCGCAAGAACGACGAGAACAAGAUCAGAAUUCAAGGCAACAUCAGCAGCAAGAAGAUGCAGGGGAAGAACAAUCAACACCACGUCCACCCUCUCCACGUGCUCUAACAAAUAGUCUGUAUAAUACUCCUGUCUAUCAAAAAAGUCGCAAUACAAGCACAGUUUUCUCGGAGCAUUCAGAGUAUAAUAUGAACAAAGCUACUUAUAGCAUUAUACCAGAGAUGCCACUUCAAGUAGAGGAUCAUUCAAGAUAUAACAGUGUAUAUACGAAUACGUUUAAUGGUCCUAAUGGAAAUAACAAAGCACGCGCUAAAAUAUUAUCACGUCUCGGUUAUUUUAAACAAAAUGGCAAUAAUAUGGGAUCCCCUGGUUCUCAACUUAUGCGUUCUCCGUCAACACGUGGAUGGGAUUUCUUAUUGGCAGAAGAGGAGGAUGCGAUUAAAGAACUAGAAAGGAUUGAAAGAGAAGCUGAAUCACAAAAACGUGAAUUACAUUUAAAAAACAAAUAUUCUAAUAGUUCUCGUGCACUUGUCAAAGUUGAGAAUUCAAGAAGAAAAUUCCACACGUCUGCUCCUGUGCCACCGAAGAAAAAUCUCGUGGAUCGAAACAGUCAUGUGGGAAGUCAAUUGGGAUUACCACCAGGUGCCAAACGGUCCAUGGAAUUCGGAAGCUCUGAAUUACGUCCUGCACCAUCAAUCACUAAUACAUCACGUUCAAUCAGUGGUGAUGGAAACCUAGAUGAUGAAAUUUUGGCAUCUAUUGGUAUCCCGGAUCACGAAGGAUGGUUGAAAAAACAAGGUGAAAAAUACAAGACGUGGAAAACACGAUUCUGUAUCCUAAAGGGAGUUUAUCUCUUCUACUUAAAGAGUGAUAAAAUAGGUUCUUUGGGGCCCCGAGAUCCAAGAAUAAAAGGAAGAAUAAAUUUAUCUGGUUACAAAAUUAUCCCAGAUGAAAAUAUUUAUCCCGGAAAAUACGGAUUCCGAGCAGUUCAUGAGACCGGACGAAUGUAUUUAUUUGCUCAUGAUGAUGCAGAAAAGACUAAAGAAUGGAUGAAAGCAAUGAUGAAGGCAACCAUUACUAGGGAUAUGACUGCCCCUGUAAUAUCAUCAUGUAACAUUCAAACGGUACCAUUACCUGUGGCUCAAAAAAUGAAUCCGCGACCAUCAUUUACACGUCCUUCAUCUGUCAGUUCAGAGUAUCAAAAUAACGCAGCGCGAAAUAAUCUAUCGUCACCGCUUCCACCACAUCCACCUUACCCACAUAACAUAUCACCAAAAAGUAGUCAUAGUCAAUUAAUACAACAAUUUCCAAUGCCACAUCCUUCUCAUCAACCACUAACAGCAUUGAUAUAUCAAUCAUCAGAUGUUAACGCACCUCCAAUUGCCGCUACUGAUGGUAGUAUUAACGGAUCAAUAAUGUCCUCAUCGUCUUCACUUCAUAUGCAGCCGCCACCGCCACAUCCACAUCCUAUACAUUCACGUGGAACAAGUGUAAUUUGA